UUCAAUUUUUGUUCCAUGAAUCCCCCCUCGGAAAGUUAAUUUGCAAAUGAAACAAUCUUCGCCAUAUUCAUACUAAUAAUCGCCCUGAAAGAAAGAGUGCAGAAGCAUGGCAAUUAUCCGCCCAAGACACACCGUCGAGGCACCCGCAACAAACCUCCUCUCGUAUAUAUUCGACUCACCAUACAAGAACGAAGAUGAAGGCGCGUGGCCGGAUUCAGAACCUCUCCUGGUCCCUGCAUCAUCAAAGCAAGAAACUGGCAGAAUCUCAGGAUACACAAUAACCCAGCUCGCGUCCCUGACCAAACGCAUUGGCAACGGCCUGCACCAGCUCGAAACAUCAGGGAAACGCGCAAUGGUCUACGGCGAUGCGAAUUUCCAUUUCCCGCUUGCUGUAUUAGGCGUUAUUGCCUCCGGCGCAGCAUGCAAUGUCCUCCCGCCCUGUCCGGUGUAUUAUCUGGUUGAGCGGUUGCGGCAGUUAGAAUGCGACACCGUCCUUUUCGCACCGGGGGAUAUUGACACUGUCUACGCGGCAGCAAAAGAACUCGGAAUUCCGACAGAGAGACUGUUCGUCGUCGACGAAGCACUUACCGGAAAUGGGAACUAUGGCAUUGAUCGCGUCAGACACUGGAGCUAUCUCCUCGAUACACCGGGAGGAGAUACAUACAAAUGGCCCAAUCUCUCACCCAGCGAGUCAAAAUCAACCACAGCCCUGCUGCUGUUUACAUCUGGGCCAGGCUGUAGAACAACAGGCGCCUCCAAACUCGCCGAGCGCUCGCACUACGCUCUCAUCGGCAACAUCCUCGCGACGCUUCACCACUACACGCUCCGCCCACGCCUGCGCGAGAUAAUCUUCUGCAACUAUAAAUUCUGCGGUAUGGGCUUCCUCACCCUCGGGUUGCUGAUUCCGCUGAAGGCGCGGUACAAGUGCGUCUUCCCCUUUCCUCUGGAGCCUGGUGCGGGUGCGCAGAGCUUCGUUGAGUCGAUUAAACGGUGGAAACCGAGCUGGGUCAUGGCGCCGAAGCAUCUCAUGCGGGAGACUUUGGCGAUGCAGGACGUCACUAGGGAGGAUCUGGCGAGUGUACAUCAUGUUCUUACCGGCGGGGCGAUUAUCCCUUGGGAGCUUGUGGCUGAAUGGCAGGGAAGGUUUGGAAGCCAGGUGCAGAGUACAUAUGGGAUGACGGAAGCUGGUUUCUACACCAUCCCUGAUCCGACGAUGCCAGUUGAGGACGCCACGACGGGGGUUUUGUUACCAAGCGUGGAAGCCAAGAUCGUUGACGAGGAGGGUAAUGUACUGCCCCGGAAUGAGAAAGGGAAUGUUUACACCCGGACUCCGUUUGUCAUGGAGGGGUACCUUAAUGAUCCAGUGAAUACGGCGCAGACCAUCAUGGAGGAUGGAUGGGUUAGGACCGGGGAUAUUGGGUGGGCUGACGAGGAGGGAAGAUUCUAUAUUGUUGGCCGGCGGAAGGACCUCUUCAAAAUCAAAGGCAACAAUGUCACCGCAGCCGAGAUUGAGACGGCGAUAUUGCGGAAUCAAGAGAUUAAGGAUGUGGCUGUUAUCCCCGUCGUUCUACCCGGAGACGAAGAACCAGCUCCACGGGGCUACAUUGUCAAGAAAGAGCAUUCAAAAUUAACAGCAGACGAACUAAUAUUAUGGAUGCAGCGGGAACUGCCUCCACGCAUGCAACUAGUCGCAGGGGCUGCAUUCAUUGAUACGAUUCCCAUCUCCAGCGUCGGGAAUAGCAAGGUUGACCGCCAGAAACUGUGUGAUCUUGCAGCGAGCGAGAUGCAGAAUUGAGUUAAGCGUUGGGAUAUGGGCAAAUACCGGCAGGGCAAUAAUCUACUGUGUACGGCCUUGCCUGAGCCAGGGGUUAGCCGAAUAUCCAUUCGUCCGGACGAAGUGGUCAUCCUGGGAUGGCAUCGAGUCACCGACCCCUUGUCCCUGCUGGCACCCCUGGGAUGAAGUAGUCUAAGUCUUGUUAGACUCAGCGGAGGCGAGUCGACCGCACAGUUCUCUCCACAACUGUCAGGUUGUAUUGACGGUUCUGGAUCGACGUCGACUCGGAUACAUCCGCGGCAUAAUGGUCGAGCGUAUCCAGAUUGAAGGGCAUACGUCGCCUAUAUAAGUAUCCUGUGAUGCUUCACCGAACCCUAGGCUGCUCAGCAACCAACAUAACAAUUAU